AUGUCGAAAGUCGCUGACAGACAGAGCUAUGCGCAGCCCUACAAGCUCGUCGUCGUAGGUGGGGGCGGUGUCGGAAAAUCGGCGAUCACGAUACAAUUCAUCCAAAGUUAUUUCGUGACCGAUUAUGAUCCAACAAUCGAAGAUUCUUAUACAAAGCAGUGCGUUAUCGAUGAUGUGCCAGCUAAACUCGACAUAUUGGACACUGCUGGCCAAGAAGAAUUUAGUGCAAUGCGCGAACAAUACAUGAGAAGCGGCGAGGGAUUCCUCCUCGUGUUUGCCGUCACUGAUCACUCGUCUUUCGACGAGAUAUUAAAGUUUCACAGGCAAAUACUUCGGGUAAAGGAUCGAGAUGAAUUUCCUAUGCUGAUGGUUGGAAAUAAAGCAGAUCUGGACCAUCAAAGGAGUGUAUCAAUUGAGGAGGCACAGAAUAUGGCGCGUCAAUUGAAAAUUCCAUACAUUGAGUGUAGCGCUAAGCUACGGAUGAACGUCGAUCAAGCUUUCCACGAGCUGGUGAGAAUCGUCAGAAAAUUUCAACUGUCGGAACGGCCACCACUAAAACAAAAUUACAAGAAGAAUAAGAAGAAGUGUUGCAUGCUGUAAUAACAAAACUAUUUAUUCUGACGGAUUUAUCAUACUUAUCGGGUUGUAUUUUUGGUAAGUUCAGGAAAAAAAGAUAAGGAUAAAUUCAAAACUGCACAAAAAGAUAUACAUUUUUUAUAUAUUCUUAGGAAAUAAUUUACAUUUCCGCGAAAAUAAAAUUUUUUUGUGUUUAGAAUU